UCUGUCACAUGAUUCCAGUCGAAAAAGAAAGCUUGCCACUAACGCGAGCCUUUUAUUUCUCUAGAAGGGUUGUGGCUCUGCACAUAACCAUGUCUACGUUGCCUGUUCGAGAGUCGGCACCCAGGAAUCGGAGUUGACUGCCCUUGACGUGAAAUGACAGUUGAUAGCCCCAAACCAUGAGUUUGAUUCCGCGGACAUCGGUGUUCACCUUCCAGUCGUCGGUGCACUGCCUGCACGUCCUCCGGUGCCUGGAUGAGCAGAGGCGCACGGAGAUCCUGUGCGAUGUAACCGUCGUGGUGGAAAACAAGAGCUACCGCGCCCAUCGCUCUGUCCUGGCGGCAUGCAGCGACCAUUUUCGCAGCAGAUUGAGCGGCCAUGCUGGGCAAGGCCUGGUCAUAACGCUCCCCGAAGAGGUGACAGUGGAGGGGUUUGAGCCACUGCUCCAGUUUGCCUACACCGCGAAACUCCUCUUCACCAGAGAAAACAUUGUUGAGAUCCACAACUGUGCUGAGAUUUUGGGGUUCCACAACCUGGACAAAGCCUGCUUCGACUUCCUCCUCCCAAAGUUUUUUGACCAUGGCAAGACCAUCCCCAGGAUCCAGAGGAAGCUGUGCUGCAAGACCAAGUGCUGUCAACGGAAAUCCUCGCAGGCAAAGUCCCAGAGUGGCUCCGAUGGGGACGAACGGGAAGUGGAUCAUGGUGACGCAGAGCCCGUGCUGUCGCAAGCCGGCCAAGAAAACGGGAGUGCCAGGAGCGCCGAGACACAGUCGCAGAAUUCCGUCUCUGUGUCGGAAUCACCAGAUGCUUGCGGACCCAGCUGCCCGGACGAGCAUGCGGGAACAGGCUACGGGCUUUGUCCGAAGUACCGCAAAUUCCAGAUGGCUUGUGGGAAGGAACGAUGCUGCUUGGAGGACUGUGGCCCAACGGAGGCUGCUGCACCUCCGGCCCAGACCAGCGAAUUGUGUGCUUCUCCCUGCCUGCCCUGCACCAGCAAAGAAAACAACAACGGAGCAGGAGAGCCGUGCCCCAGGAACCUGCCGGAAACAGGCGGCUGGCCAGAGAACGAGGUCACCCCAUUGGUCAACUGUCUCCCCUGCACACCUGAAAGCUCUACCAGCACUGGCUUUUUGGCGACGGCAGAUUUAAGUCACGUUCAGCCUGCCCCGACCCCCUCCUCUGACAUCCCCGACUGUUGUCCGGUAGGUCCUGUAGAGGACGCCUCGGUUGUGGAGGGGGACGAGGUGGAACUGGGGUGCGGCGGAAUUGAAGGCCCAGUGAACAUUGACCCUGUGGAUUCCGCCCUGCCCAAUCUGGUGCAGGAGGGAGGCGGGGACCGGAGCAGCGUGGAGAGGGAGGUGGCCGAGCACUUGGCGAAGGGCUUCUGGACCGAUCCAUCCCCCUCGCAGGCCGAGUCUCUGCUCCUGGACCCCGAAGGGCAGGCGGUUCUGGGGAAGGCCGCGGACUUCCACUGGCUGAAGCACCUGGAUCUGAACGCCAGCACGGGAGACUGCCCCUUCCUGCGGGACCUGGGGGAGGGGGUACAGCUACCCGAGGAGUUCCGGACAGGGGCCCAGCCGGAGAAGAGCCCCUGCAUCUCCUCCGUCAACUCGGGGGAAAACUCGGACUCCGAUUCUGAGGGAGACAGCGAGUCCUACAACAGCGAGAGGGCACGAGAGAUGCAGCUGCCCUUCCCAGUGGAGCGGAUCUCGUCUCUGAGCCGGAAUGACUUCCAGCACCUGCUCCGGCUGCAGAGCCUGACACGGGAGCAGCUGGACUUCGUGCACGAUGUGCGCCGGCGCAGCAAGAACCGCGUGGCGGCCCAGCGCUGCCGCAAGAGGAAGCAGGAGUGCAUUCUGGGCCUGGAGGGGGAGAUACACAAGCUGAGGGGAGAGAGGGAGCAGCUGGUUGAGGAGCGGGAGCAGCUGAAGCGGCGGAAGGUGGAGGCAAUGCGGAGUCUGUCGGAGCUGUGUCACAAAGUGUGCAGUGAGGCCACCCUCUCCCCAGAGCAGCUGGAGUUCCUGGCCCAGUUCUCCUCCCCCGACUGCCCCAUCCACGCCCUGAUGAGCUCCAGCCCCUCCCCCGAUCUGAGCCUGCGCUUCAGCCUCACCCUGCAGGACCAAGACCCCACUGCCGUUUCUACCUGUCCGUCACAGGACCCCUCCUACAGCCCCGCCCCCAACACAACCACCACCACUUCCACGGACACUUGUCUGUCACAAGACCCCUGUCACAACCCCGCCCCCUACACAACCAUUGCCGUUUCCAUGGACGCCUGUCCGUCACAGGACCCCUCCCCCAGCCCCGCCCCCUGCACAACCACCACCGUUUCCAUGGACGCCUGUCCGUCACAGGACCCCUCCCCCAGCCACACCCCCUCUCCCUCCUCAGAAGAGCCACGGACCAGUCCUCAGCUUCCCCGACCCUCCCCGCCAACCCUGGCCCCACCCCCUCCUGAAUGCCGCGCCCUGGAUCUCAACAGCCCCGCCCCCAUCGCUGACAUCAGCCUAGACAUGAGUGGUCGUUGUCCCGUCAUGGAAGCCCCUUCACCUCCCCUUUUUUCAAAAAAAUUGACCUAAACCUGCGAAUGCCCGACUAAUCUACCCAACUCCAAACUCUCAUCCCUAAUUGUGCAGUAUGAUCACGAGUCUGAUGUGGAAAAAUACUGUCAGCCACUGUUAUAUCUUGGGUGCACAAGACUUUACAAUUCCAAUCACUUAUGCAAUCUUAAAAUGAUUAUAUAAUCAUAUACAGUAUUACCGAGAAUACCCUUUUAUUCAGUGCACUGAAAUCUUGUUUUCAUGAAUUCAAAAGGCACACACCGAGUUUUGCCGACAGACUUUCUGAUGCUAAAAAUACCGCCUCUGCGCAGUGACACUCUUGUUUCUGAGCGCUUGGCAUGUCAAAAGACUCACCGUCUCACACUCUCUUAACUACACUGCCUGAUGCGCAAAUCAUCGAACACACAUUUCAACAGGAGCAAGACCUGUCUCACCGGCAGACCGGUGCGUCCAUAACAGUCCAAGUGUUGUAAUCUGCACAAAGGGUCUGUUCAGAGGUAACUGUGCCAUUAGCCAUUACCAUUCACAGAACAGGCCAGAUAUUCUACAUUACGAUCUUACGUUCAGAUUACAGUCACUUUAUUGAUAAUUAACACAGGGUAAGUAACAGUUGAAUUUGUUUGUUUCUGUAUAUCUCGCCAAGGCACACAUGGCCCCCCUGCAUUUUUAAUUCCCACUACAUACAAGCACACCUGGGUCAAAUACGUCAUUGUUUUAGAUUCAAGUAUUUUUCUGUGCUCAAUUGAUCUUGCCUGGUGCAGCUGAGCCAACCAAGAGUAGAUGGCUGUGUUUGUGUAUUUCAUAGGUUCCAAGUAAGUAUUUCAUAGGUUCCUCAGUAAAGCAUAUUAAACAAUUAAACAAUUACAUAUUUGACCCAGGUCUGCUUCUUACAAGUAGUAUUUCUUACAGUAGUAUCAGUAGUAAAUCUAGUUUGAGUAAAAUUUUAGUAAUACCGCAGAUUAUCCACACAUCCCAGAUGGUCAGCUCCACAUUCUUAAAAUGGUUAUGUCUGGGCUCAUUGCUGUAUGUAAGAUCAAAAUACAACAGCUAUGAUAGCCACUCUGUCAGACAGCUCUGCGACUUCCUGUUAUUAUCUAGAACCUUCUAGGACAACGUUCUGGUUGGGGUAUAGGACAUACGUGAUGAGAUCCGUUUUUAUGGAAUUUUGUGCUAAUUGAGUUCUCUCUGAUCUUUGAUCUGGUGGUUCUUAAUUCACAAUUAUACAACAGUUAGUUCUGACCUUGCAAUUUGAUCGACUGAGAGAUAUUCAAGGAGUGACACUCAUGUUAAGUCACUCCGAGCUUAGCGAAACCAAAACUAAGCGCUAUGUUUAUGUUCAGUUGAUUUGUUAUAUCAGGGAUAUGUAACCUAGCAACACUUCAGAAGAGCUCCUGUCACUGAAGCGGCAUAAGUCUGAACCAGAGUUACUGUAUCGUUCUUAACGUUUUUAAAAUUUAAUUCAUUUAUAAACGUGUUGGUAAAACUGUUGUAUAAUUGCAAUACUUAAGCACCAACAUAUUGCAAUACAAGCCCUGAUGUCUUAAGUUCAACUUACCAGUCUUUUCCUUAAAUUUGGUGCCAGACCUGGGUGUGCUUCUGCUUUGUUCAGUCUGUCAGAAGCACCUUGUAAACGUUCAAAACAGAGUUACGAACAGAGAAUGUAUAUAAAGUAUAUGCAUGAACGCAAACUGUGUGAUGUGAACAUACAUGGUCAUACAAUAUAUCUAGAAUUAUGAAGUUAUGAAAACAGGUAAAAGGCUUGUGUAAGCAAUGUACUAACAUCACUUUCUGUAAGUGGUUUUUCAGAUGUCUGAUAAGUGCGUACGCAUGGCACUUCAGAGACUGCAGCUUGGUGUCUGAGCCCUGGUUUUCAAGGGGCAUUUUUUAAGCUGGAUAUUUUAUUGCUCAUUUCAAGUCUUAAAAAUCUUCAUUCAUGUAUGUCUUUCAGUGCAUAUGGUGUUUAUCUCUGCCAAGUCCAUACGUAGGUACAAUUUUACAAUUUAGGCGCCAAAUGAUUUUAUUUUAUUUUUUCAACUCUUCAUGCUGUAUGUUUUGAAUGCAUUGUGGUGAUGCUGGAUAUGUAUGUCAGCAGACAGUCAUGCAGGUUAAGUACCGUGCUCACGGGUGGAGCAGCAAUGGCAUAGGACAGACUCAAACCUGCGGGUGUCGUUAACAAGCUUCCUGCAGUCACUGAUAUUCCCUUCAUACUCUUAUCAUACAUAUUAUCAUACAGUACUGUUCAAUUGUCUUAGGCACCAUAGAUAUUUUAGAUAAAUUUGGUAUUUGAUGUUUAUUUUCUGGAUUAGUGUAUCAGUAGAAAAGAGCAAAUUUGAGAUUUCCAAAUAUUCAUUUUCGAAAAAUCUUUUAUGUUUAUAUAUUUUUGUGAGUGAGACAAAGUCUGCAGACAAACUGUGACUGUCUCCAAUGUGUUUGGAACAACCUACGAUACCUGGCGAUUUUCUUAUAAAACUGCAGGACAGUGUACCUAAGAGAAUUGAUGCAGUUUUAAAGGCGAAUGGUGGUCACAACAAAUAUUGAAUAACUUUUUUUCUAUUUAGAAACUUUAAAUUUCAUUGUUGUUGAAAGCAUCUUUUUACAGAUUUGUUUUUACAUGUGGCUGAGAAUUUUGCACAGUACUGUAGAUAUUCUUAACAUGCAUAUGUUUACCCUACACACUCCACACAUCUGCUGCAGUUUGCUUUUUGGCUCGCUGAAUUAUGGCACUUUAGAAAAAUGUACCUGCAACUACAGUAUAUAGGGUUAUUGCUUAUGCCCCAUUGUGGACUUCUCACACAUUCUCUCAAAAGUGUGUUUAUGCAAACUUUCGUUGUCAAAGUAUUGUUGAAUUGCCAUUGAAUAUGUGAGCAAGUGUUUGGUACCAUCCUGAAUGUGAUUCAGCCUCUCUCUUCUCUCAAGGGAGUAUAUUUAAAGACUUGUGCAAUCAUUUGUUUUUCUAAUUAAGCCAGCAUAUGAAUACUGUAUGUAUGUUUAAACUCAAAAACUUUUUUUUACAUAUAAACUACAGUAUUCUCAAAGGAUUUUUACUUCAAGUUCAGGUAUGAAUGGCAGUCACACCACUGAUUGCUUAAAAUAUAGAAACGAUGUUAAUUACACAAUGUCUUCCUGUGAUGGACAGGAGAAGGACUUUCUGCUCACAGGAUUAAACUCAUUUACAAUCUAAAUAAAAUAGACUUAAUAUCAUAGGAUUGUUUAAAAAAAAAAUUUUUUUUAAUGAAUCACAUAGGAGAAUUGUGAUUGCACAGGGUUUUUAAGGAUAGGAAAAAGCAGAGUCAUUCUUCUGAAGCUCAGGCCUGUUUGCUUCUUCCGUUUUCCCCAUAACUGUUGCACUUUUAUCAGAAUGAAAUUCUCACUUCACUGUAUCUGCUUUGGUUUGUUCCCUUAGCAAGUUCCUUUCAUUUUCUGUAUGUGUAAAAGGCAUCUUGUGCCUUAGCAGGGAAAAACAGCAGUAUUCUUAGUUUUUUAGUCAAAAUGAUUAAACAUGUUUUUAAAUAUGAA